AUGACCUCUGUCGCCUCUGUAACCCGUCAAAUCGCCGCCCUCGACAUCAAUGGAAAGAAAACUGCGUCCUCCUCCUCGAUAAAUCGACCAACUCACGCGAAACACCCCAGCCAGAGUAACGUUACGAAACUACUGACUAAGUUUGCUGCACCAAAUCCGUUCCCGAACUCAACAGCGAAACAACCUUCAGCCUUGAGGCACCCCACCACAGCUGCAGCUUCUUCCUCACAUCAUGCGACAACCUCCACGAAAUCAGAUCCCCGCAGUGGCAUUGACAUUGGUACAUAUGAUGGCGGUCUGGAAAUUGAGAACGAAAAGAGGGGCGAGAAGGUUUAUGGCGAGGCAGCAGAAGAGCUUGCGUUAGACUCGAGCACAUCCAAGAAAUGCCCAACAAGAGAAUGGACACUUCACUCAUUCGAUAUGGGGCGUCCUCUCGGUAAAGGGAAGUUCGGUCGCGUAUACAUGGUUCGCACGAAGGCCGAGCCCAAGUACAUCCUUGCUCUGAAAACUCUCUAUAAGUCUGAAAUCAUCCAAUCCCGAGUGGAGAAGCAGAUCCGCCGUGAAAUCGAGAUCCAGCAGAACUUGCGACAUCCCAACGUCCUACGGCUUUACGGUUAUUUCCACGAUGAAAAGCGGAUAUUCCUUAUGCUGGAGUUCGCUGGGAAGGGGGAGCUGUACAGGCAGCUCAGCAAAUACGGCUGCUUCUCUGAGAAACGAAGCUCGCGGUAUAUCGACCAGAUGGCGGACGCAUUGUCGUAUCUUCACGGGAAGCAUGUUAUUCAUCGCGAUAUCAAACCGGAGAAUUUGUUGCUCGGGAUCAACGGGGAGCUCAAGAUCGCUGAUUUUGGGUGGAGUGUGCACGCGCCGGGCAAUCGUAGGAUGACCUUGUGUGGAACGUUGGACUACUUACCGCCAGAGAUGGUGGAGGGCAAGGAACACAGCGAAAAGGUCGACUACUGGGCUCUCGGUGUCCUCACUUAUGAGUUUAUGAUCGGCAGUCCUCCAUUUGAGGAUCGCAGUAGUGUGAACAAUACGUAUCGUCGUAUUGCCAAGGUGGAUCUCAAGUUCCCUUCAUCGAUGUCUCUCGAGGCGAGGGACUUGGUCACUAGGCUUCUACGAUACGAUCCGGAACAACGACUCCCAUUGUCGGAAGUCCUACGGCACCCUUGGAUUGUCAAGUACAGAUCGAAAGGAGUGAUCCGUGACGGAAGUGUGUAG